AUGGCAAUAUCCCUCUCCCAACACGAGAAGGACAUCCUCACCCGCCAACUCGCCAACCCCCCUGCCCAGAAAAUUGGUUUCUUUUCGCUAUACCGCUAUGCGUCGAAGUACGAUCUUGUUGUGCUGGCUGUCGCCAGUCUCGCCGCCAUCGUCGGUGGUGCUGCACUUCCUGUUUUCACCGUGCUGUUCGGACAGUUGACCUCGAGUUUUCGAAAAAUCGCAACUAACGCAAUCACCUUUGAGGACUUUAACAAGGAGCUCACGGAUAAUGUGAUUUAUUUCAUCUUCCUCGGAGCCGGCGAGCUCGCAACAAUUUCCAUAGCCACGAUCGGAUUUAUCUAUACCGGCGACCAUGUUGUCCAGAAGAUCCGAAUCGAGUACCUCCGUGCCAUUUUACGACAAAAUAUCGCUUUCUUCGACUCGAUGGGCUCUGGGGAGAUUACCACACGGAUUACGGCCGAUACGAAUCUGAUCCAAGAUGGUAUUUCGGAAAAGGUUGCGCUGGCAUUGACCGGGUUGUCUACGUUCGUGACCGCAUUCAUCAUCGCUUAUAUCAAAUAUUGGAAGCUGGCGCUCGUCUGCACGGCUACAUUACUAGCCCUGCUGGCAAUCAUGGGCGCAGGCUCAACCGGUAUGCUUAUCUUUACGAAACGUGCCCUCGAAAGCUCUGGUCGCAGCGGUAGUUUGGCUGAGGAGAUUCUCGACGCCAUGCGGACGGUCGUCGCGUUCGAUGCCCAGGAGACACUGGCAAAGAAAUACGAGACUUUGCUCAAGGAAGCGGAAGGUCCAGGAAAAAUGGCACAGGUUGCUUUCGCGUUUAUGGUCGGCGGUCUGUUCUGUGUUAUGUAUCUCAACUACGGUCUAGGAUUCUGGAUGGGAUCGCGCUUUCUGGUGGAUGAUGAUGAUGGUGUUCAGGUUGGCGAGAUUCUCACCAUUCUCAUGGCUAUCAUCCUCGGUUCCUAUAAUCUGGGCAACGUCGCACCUAACGGUCAGGCGCUGGGUAAUGCCGUCGCAGCUGCUUCAAAGCUCUACAGCACCAUCGAUCGUGUGUCACCUAUCGAUCCCUCCUCUGAUGAAGGCGAAAGACCCGAAAAGGUCCAGGGGAAUUUUUUCCUGCAUCGCGUCAGCCAUGUAUAUCCCUCCCGUCCUGAAGUCCUAGUCACGGACGACAUGACCCUUUCCAUUCCCGCCGGACAAACAACAGCCUUCGUCGGACCCUCUGGAUCUGGGAAGAGCACCAUCAUCGGAUUGCUCGAACGGUUCUAUAGUCCCAUUUCCGGAAAGGUCUUCUUCGACGGCCGCGAUAUCCAGACACUGAAUCUCCGCUGGCUGAGACAGCAAAUUUCCUUGGUUGGCCAGGAACCGCGCCUCUUCGCUACAACCAUCUACGAGAAUAUCCGUUUCGGGCUACUAGGCUCGCAAUUCGAGAACGAAUCUGAGGAAGACAUUCGACACCGUAUUGAGGAUGCCGCUCGUAUGGCAUACGCGCAUGAAUUCAUAAUGAACCUACCGGAACAAUAUGAGACCAACCUGGGUUCUGGUGGUUGUUCGCUGUCUGGUGGACAGAAGCAGCGUAUUGCCAUUGCCCGCGCGGUGGUCAAGGAUCCGCAGAUUCUGCUCUUGGACGAGGCUACAUCUGCGCUUGACACCAAAUCAGAAGGUAUCGUGCAGGCGGCGCUGGAUCGAGCAGCUGAGGGGCGGACGACAAUUGUCAUCGCGCAUCGACUGUCCACUGUGAAGAACGCGCAUAAUAUCGUCGUCCUUGUGAACGGGCACAUUGUCGAACAGGGCUCGCAUAAGGAACUUGUCGAUUCACAAGGUGUCUAUCUCGAUUUAGUCCAAGCCCAACGGAUAGAAGAGAUCCGACAGUCGAUGCAUCUCGAGAAGAUGACCUUUUUCCUCGACGCAGACUCGGUCAAAGACUGUCCAUCUGAAACCGAUUGCUCUUCUUACCAUUCGAGUCUUGAUGAGAAAAAGCCGCGAGUGCGACAUUCAAUGCUGCCCGAUCUCGAGCCUGAGCCCGAGCCAACACCACCAUCGACCCCGGAGCCAAAAGAACGACACUACUACUCUCUUCCUGAAUUGAUCAAGUUUAUAGCCAACUUCAAUCGCCCCGAGUGGCCUAUAAUGAGUCUUGGUCUCCUCGCAUCGAUCGCAGCUGGAGGUAUCCAGCCUUCGCAAGCCGUAUUGUUCGCCAAAGCAGUCACCACGCUGACCCUGCCGUCAACGGAGUAUGGCAAGCUGCGCCACGACGCCAAUUUCUGGUCCCUUAUGUUCUUGGCUGUUGGUAUUGCCACCUUCCUCUUGUACAGUAUUCAGGGGACAUCCUUUGCGUAUUCUUCAGAGAAGAUGAUUUAUCGCGCACGCACAGCUGCAUUCCGUGCUCUGCUUAGACAGGACAUUGCCUUCUUCGACCGUGAGGAAAAUUCUACCGGCGCGCUGACCACGUCGCUAUCAGCUGAGAUCAAGCACCUCACUGGUAUCAGCGGCGUUACACUUGGUACAUUGUUAAUCGUUACCGUGAACCUCAUCGCCUCCCUAACCGUGGCGCUAAUUAUGGGCUGGAAACUAGCCCUCGUCUGCAUCUCCGCCGUGCCUGUCCUUCUUGCCUGCGGAUUCCUCCGAAUAUGGCUGCUCGACAAACUGCAAACACGCGCCAGACAGGCAUACCAAGCCUCUGCCAGUUCAGCCUGCGAGGCUGCUUCCGCUAUCCGCACUGUGGCCUCGUUGACCAUGGAAACAGAGGUGCUGUCCUCCUACCGCAAGCAAUUGCAAGCUCAGCUCCGCGCAGAUAUCAUCCCGAUUAUCAAAUCGUCAGUGUUGUACGGAGCAUCCCAAGCAUUGCCAUUCUUCUGCAUGGCGCUGGGAUUCUGGUAUGGUGGACGACUAUUGGGACAUCAUGAGUACUCACUAUUCACGUUUUACGUCUGUUUCAGCGAGGUAAUUUUUGGCUCCCAAGCGGCGGGAACUGUAUUCUCGCAUGCACCGGAUAUGGGCAAGGCGAAGAACGCCGCGACUGAGUUCAAGCGUCUCUUCGACUCGAGACCGGUCACUAUGAAGCAGAAGGAGAAGAAACGCGAUCAGCCGGUUACGUCCAUGAAGGGUGCCAUUGAAUUCUGCAAUGUCUCCUUCACUUAUCCUACCCGUCCUGACCAGCCUAUUCUGCGAAAUCUGAAUUUGACAGUUAAGCCGGGGCAAUAUGUCGCUUUGGUCGGAGCCAGUGGUAGUGGAAAGAGCACGACUAUCGCCAUGCUUGAACGAUUUUAUGAUGCGGUCUCCGGACAGGUCUGUGUUGAUGGCCGGGACAUCACUCGUCUGGACCUUGGAUCAUACCGAAGUUUCCUAGCGCUGGUCAGCCAGGAGCCAGCAUUGUUCCAAGGCACGAUCAAGGAGAAUAUCCUCUUGGGCCGAUGCGGUGAUGAAUAUGUGUCAGAUGAGAUGGUAAUCCAAGCGUGCAAGGACGCGAAUAUCUACGACUUUAUCAUCUCGCUUCCGCAAUCUUUCGACACCCCCGUCGGAAACAAAGGCAUGAUGCUCUCCGGUGGCCAAAAGCAACGUAUCGCCAUCGCCCGUGCCCUCAUCCGCGACCCUAAAAUCCUCCUCCUCGACGAAGCCACCUCAGCCCUCGAUUCCGAGUCCGAGAAAGUCGUGCAGGCGGCGCUGGACGCUGCUGCUCGCGGACGGACGACAAUUGCCGUUGCGCAUCGGUUGAGUAGCAUUCAGCGCGCGGAUGUGAUAUAUGUUCUUGAACAAGGCGAGAUUGUUGAGUCAGGAACGCAUAAAGAGUUGAUGAGGAGGGGAGGCAGGUAUUGCGAGUUGGUCAAUUUGCAGAGUUUGGGAUGA